GAGAUCUCUUCUUAAGAAGUCCGAUUCGCUGCCUUUAAUAGAACACUGUUUUAUUUUUCUUGUGGAGUAAAACAAGUUUUGCUUAAUCCUAAACUCACUAAACGGCGCUAAAUGUUGCAAUGAUAAAAUGAGGUAGAUGGUUUAUUUCCAAACCUUCGUAGCAUGUUGUUCUUCGUGAUACAGUGGCUAGAGCGACACAUUCGGUCUACAGAACGAAGACAUUCGGUUAAAAAAAUUGCAAUGUCACUCCGUCAAUCACUGCGCGAAGAUCACGCAAUCCUACAGAGAUCUAAUUCGCUGCUUUAAAUAGAAUUCUAAUCCAAGUCAGUUUCUCGGAACCUCAAACAAAACAGGGCUGUGUUUCUCUGUACAAUUCGUGAUCAUGGAGUCACUUCUGAAAAACCUCAAAGAGCAUGUAACAUGUUCGAUUUGUUCGGAUACUUACACGAAACCGAAGACCAUUGCUUGUCUUCAUACGUUCUGUUGUGAAUGCCUAGAGAGACAUGCACUAGCGAGACAAAACCAAGGUGUUUAUCCAUGCCCUGUGUGUCAGGCACAAAUUCGCAUCCCUGAAGGAAAUCACUUUGAUGAUCUGCCAAGCAGUUUUCUGCACAACAGUUUGUUGAGUCUUCUUGCUGUUCGACGCGGUGGCGAAGGAAGCGAGAUCAGCUGUAGUACAUGCCAGAAGAAGAGCGCUGAGAUCAACUACUGUUUUGAUUGUGAGAAGUUUAUGUGCCCCGACUGUGUGAAAGCACACGAAGUGUUUCGAGAAACUAUGUUUGAGGGACACAAAGUCACACCAGUGCAAAAGUUUCAAGCUACAGACUACGAGGCUUUGUUCAAACGGCAGUCAUUUUGCUCAGAGAAUUACCACAAAAAAGAUGUGAUUCGUUUUUAUUGCGUGGACUGUCAGAGGUGUAUAUGUCAAGUUUGCAUUGUCACAGAUCACAAAAGCCACGACGUUGUUCCGCUUGAAAAGGCAGCGGACGAUGAAAAAGUAAACAUCAUUGCCAGAGCGCAGCUGGUCAAAGGGAAGAAAGAGGCUUGCCGAGGUGUUAUUCGUGAAUUUGAGAAGACGGAACUUGAGUUGGAAACGAACAUUACCACAGCUAAACGCCAAGUCUCUCAAGUAACCGAACAGAUGAUGGGAAAGCUUCGUCAACUGGAGCGUGAAGCCAUUUCUGCCCUCGAGAAGACUCGCGUGUCAAGGAUGGAGAAAUUACAUUCUGGAAAAGCAUUGGUUGUCUCUUUGGAAAAGCAACUUGACCAAGCAUUUGAGUUCAGUAACAACCUGGUUGAAAGAGGCUCAAGUUCAGACAUAAUGCAAAACAAGAAAAAUGUAGAAGAACGAACCGAAGACCUCAUCGAGACCACAAUGCCUGUACUUCUGGUUAACUCGAGUGUGGAGUUUGUGUCGACAUGUGAACCAGAGAGUUUGAGUCUGGGAUUUACGAAAUUCAGCGAAACAGAUGUGCAAGGAUCGGUCGUGGAAGGACUGGAUCAGAAUUUUCAAGCUGGUAUAGAGGCAGAGCUACUAAUUUGUCCCAAAACAAGCGAAGGAGAAAUCAGAAACACUCGGCACACAGAUCGUGUUGAAAUACACUUGGACCCUGCGGAUCAGGUGAGGAGUUUGGCGACGAGUGAGAAAGAAGAUGGAAAUUUCCAAGCAAAAUUUGUAGCGAAAGUACCAGGUACUUAUAAAAUGAAAGUGAAGAUAAAUGGACAGAAACUUGCCAAGAGUCCAUUUUCUAUUCUGGUAAAAGUACGAGAGUUAAAUGUUGUAGGCAAGUUGGACUUUCAGAGAGAAAUGCUCCAAGGUCCUGCUGGCAUUGCAGUGAACAGUUAUGGUGUUACUGCUGUGGCUGAUCUUAAAGGUCACUGUAUCCUGGUAUUUGAUGAUACAGGAAAAUUUGUGCGAAAACUAGGUUCUUAUGGAGACAAGGAUGGACAACUAAACACACCAAUAGGCGUCACAUUCCUAAACGAUGAUGAGAUUCUGGUGGCAGAUGAAUGUAAUCACCGAAUACAGCAGUUGAAUGUACAUACAGGGAACUUUGUGAAAAGCUUUGGAAAAAAGGGAAGUGGAGAUGGAGAGUUAAAGAAUCCUGCAAGUGUUUGUGUUACAAGUGAUGGACGUUUCAUCGUUGUAGCGGAGUACGAGAACAGCAGGAUUAAGGUUUUUACAAUGGACGGUGAACCUGUGUUUAAGUUUGGAGACAGCGGUCCUGAAAGACUAGAUCAUCCUCUCAGCUGCGUUUGUUAUGAGGAAAAGUUCGUUGUAACUGAUCUCUAUAAUAACUGCGUGGAAGUGUUUGAUGAGAAAGGACAGUUUUUGUACAAGUUUGGAGAAAAAGGAAACGGUGAUGGACAGUUGAAUCAGCCGUUUGGCAUAUGUGUUGACAAACAUAACGUUUUCUUAUGUGAGAGGGGGAAUAAUCGCAUUCAACAGUUUACGUUGGAAGGAACUUUCAUUGGAAAGACAAAUACUAAUAUUCAAUUUAAAGCGCCGUGGAGUGUUACCCCAAUGCUAGAUGAUCGGAUUUUGGUCACAGACUUCAAAGGGAAAGAAGUUUACAUUCUGAAUUGAAUGCCCAAUUUUGAAAGUAAAAAUUAAUUCUUGACAGGCAAACCUUUUGUGGAUAUCUUCAAGUUUUAUUAUUUUGUUAAUUCAUUUUGUUAAUCACAAGUUUAAGAAAGCAACUAAUCAUCGGUUAUACAUUAUGUGUCUGUAAUUGCAUGGGCCCAAGGGCUCUUGCAAUGACUUGCUUAUCACUGAAAAGGCAAUAUUUUUUAGGAAAUUGCAAUUUCCCACAAUGUCCUAGCAUUUAAGCCCUUUCGUUGCUGUCACAAAUGUCAAAACAAGCAUAACUGACCAAAGGACUCAAUGAACAUUUUAUUCUCAAAAUACAGGUAACAUUGUUACAUGGCUUCAUUUAGAUAAAUUACAAUCAAUAAAUCAUUGCAGCAAACAACAAAAAGGCUUAACCCUUUAACUCCCAUGACUCACCAAGACAGAAUUUCUCCUUACAAUAUCAAUACAAAAUCAAGAAGACAUGUGAUGAGAACCAAGAAAAGUAUCAAUUAGGCGAUCAUUAGUUGAUCCAAUAUCAAAUUCUCAGAAGUAACAUCAGAAGAAUUGUAUAGCAGACAGUCAGGAUAAUUACUAAUGACAUAUUGGGAGUUAAAGGGUUAAUCAGCAUCAAGUAAUUGUGCCCUCUUAAUUAUUAAAAAUGCUGUGGUGAUUAAGAAAAAAUGCCCUCUGUCUCAGCCAGUCAGCAUUCAGUAAUUUUGCCCCACAUCUGAUAACAUAAAAAAAACAUUAACUCUCCAAAAUGCACCAUAACUGCACAUGCAUAUGAUACACACUGUCCACUUUCACAAGCAUGAUGUGUCUACUCUACUAUUCAAUAAUUUUUAUGCAAUUACAAGUAUGUUGCCUGCACUGUCUUAUUGGCACUCAAAUAAGCUGGUGAUAACCAAACAUGUGGGAGAAUUUGUUUUAGUUUUGAUUAAAUUGAUUUCAAAUGUGAUUAAGCUUUUUAAUUGUUAAAGACUUUGGAGUGUUGUAAAGGCAAAAUAUACAUUUUUGCAAAUAACUGUACAGUGGCACUGAUUAGUGUUAAUUGGUGUUGAUAACUUUUACAUGUCAACUUUACAUUUUUUUAGCAAGAAGACUUUUUCAUGAGCAUAUUUUGGAAGACUUUUAGUUAAGUUUGAUAAUAGCAACUUGGUCAUCAGAUGGAUCAUGCUUUUAUUUAGAAUUUUUAAAUUAUCACUUUUGGAUAGUAGCUUGCAUGAUUACGCUGUAAACAAUUAAACAAUUUCAUAGUGCUCGGUAGCUUUUGGAGGAAUUGCAUGUGAAAUGUGAUCAGAAACUGUUUAUAGACUGAGGAGUCUUUUGGAUGCAUCAAGUUAUUACUCUUUAGAUAUUUUAUGCAUGCAGGAGUUUUCAUGAACAAGUUCCUUAAGUAUUAUGAAAAUGUAAAUUGAUUGAAUGAAUUACUGAUAUUAUAGGAUAUUUUCCACUGUAUUCAUGAACUGUUCUACAGUGCUUAUCCUUUAGAGAAAGAGAAAAUUAGAUGAAGUAACAGGGAGGACUGGGGAGGCUGAUGGCUUAGGAGGCAUUCCGGCUACUCGGCUUCCCCUUACCACACCCCUGGAAAAAAGAGAUAUUCCUCUACAACUGAGCAUGACACUGGAGUACAUUGUUGGCCAGCUGGAUGUGCUCACACAGACAGCUUCAAUUUUGGAACAAAGGCUAAUGAUGACUGAGAAUAAACUGUGAGAAUGCUUGGAUAACCAACAGAAAAUCACUCUUCAGAUCAGACCUAAUGAGAAGCGCAAUACAGCAUCAGUAUCUAGAGACCAUCAUUAGUCAUGUUCAGAAUCUGUUAAGAAUAUUCCUUGUAUGGUAGUGUUGUAAACUGUAAAAUAAAUUUACAAUUGAGUGUCAAAAGUGGUCAUGGAUUGCAUUGGUUUAUCUCAACUUUAGUCUGUUAUUGGUUUAGAAAGCCUAUGCUGCCCUCUUGACCAAUUAGGUGGGCCAUUUGUGUAUUUCCAGCACUUCGGGCUCCGCCAGUUUUUCUUUGAGUUGUCUUUGGCCUUUUGUUAUGUUUCUUUUGUUAGAACAGUUUCCAACUGAGUACCAAAAGUGAUGCUGGAUUGCUUUGGUUUUGCUUUACUUCAUUGUGUGAUUGGUCCAGAAAACUUGUGUUACAAUCUCAACCAAGGAAAUUUAAAACUAAAAUCAAUCAUGACCUGGUCAUUGGUGUUUUUCCAUGUUUUUAAAGGAGGUUGUCUGUUUUUACUCUGAGUUCUCUUUGGCUAAUAAUUAAGGUAACCUUUUGUUCUGAAUGGCAGUUGUGAUUACUUUGGUUUGGGUUUUUUGAUACUCAAUUGAAAAGUGCUCGAUGAUUGGCAGUUGUGAUCACUUUGGAUUGGGUUGUAGGACACUCAGUUGAAAUGCACCCUUUGAGAAUAAAGUGUUUUAUAUCCAGAUGUACAUAUCAUAUAAAGUUACUAGGGCAAUAUCAGAACUAGAUGUAGAUUAA